GAGCCCGGGACGGCGCCGACCGUGCGCUCCUCCGCCCGCCUCGCCCAUGUCUCAGUCCCCCCCCACCUCGGACUUCAAGAGGGCUUUGGACAGCAGUCCCGAAGCCAACACCGAGGAUGACAAGACCGAGGAGGACCUGCCCAAGCUCAAAAACUACCUGUGGCUCAGCAUCGUCUCGUGUUUUUGCCCGGCGUACCCCAUCAACAUCGUGGCUUUCGUCUUCUCCAUCAUGUCUCUAAACAGCUACAACAACGGGGACGUCGAAGGAUCCAUGCGGCUUGGGCGGAACGCCAAGUGGGUGGCCAUCGCCUCCAUCAUCAUUGGCCUUCUCAUCAUCAGCAUUUCAUGCAUAGUUCACUUCACAAGGAAAGCUUGAAGAGCCAGCGGUCAGCGUGAGCAGGGAGGACAGACCUCAACCAAACACACCGCAAAGGAGUUUCUGAGGAAUGGAUCCUUGACUUCAGACUGUGAAAUCUUUUCCUCCAGAACUCUCCAGAGGCAGGUCCCUGGCAAAUGAACUAAAAAAAAAAAAAAAAAAAUCCAAAAUUUAGGAAAACCA